UCGUUUCCAUCUUCAGGCCACGGGCAGGCGUUCGCUCUCUGCUGGCUUCGUUCUUUCCCUCCCUGGACGUGCGGGAGUUGCCGCGCACUGGCCUUGCUUGCCGAUCACCAAGAGAAGAUUGACCUCCAUGGAUAUACAAAACCUUCAGCACACUCCAUCCAGCUAUGUUAAUAUUGAUAUCCCACGACAUGGCGAACGUGGUGGAUCGCAUCGCAGACUGCAUAGCGUUGUUGGGGCGCUUCCUGCUCGAGCAUGCCGUACUAGUAGUAGCGCUAUGGCUGUGCCUUGCCUCACUCUGCACCAUGCUAGCUGCCAUCGCCUGGAUCCAGCUCUUCAACCGUGUGCUAGACAUUACUGCUACGCUUGUGCGUCAAUACUACUUAGACCUACCAUUCGCUCCGGAGAACGUCAGCAAUGCGGCAAAAGUGUCGGGAAUCGUGCAGGCGCAGAUGCGAGAGGAGACAGUGGCUCCGGAGGUAGAGCUGUUGCCAGCAGGUAAGAAGCUCAGCGACCUGCCACCUCCGUCGUGCUUCACGUUCUCCGACAACACGCUCUUCGGCACGUGUGCACGUUGUCCGAGCACUGUUACAGACGUCGUACAGAGGUUUCAGGAUGCUCAGCAUAUUCUUGACACGAACGUCGUGGCGAAGCGGCCGCAGAACGACAGCUCAAGCGGACGCCAUUUCGGCAAUGGACGACCUCCUGAAAACGGAGCAGCUUCUCGGCCACCUCUGCCGCUUUCUAAUGCGAACACGUGGACAUUUACACCAGAACAGCUCGCCGAAGCAGCUAGCUUUGCAGAAUACACCUCGCAGCCGAGAAACGUCCGUCGAAUAGACAGAAACCCCUUCCCAGACUUCGCAGCGGUCCCAGUCCCUGCAGUGCCUAUCGAGGCGGCGACCAAGCGUACUGGGGCCACUCAGCACGGAGGGGCGGUGGGCUCCCACGCCCGGAAGAAAGACGGUCAUCAGCACACCGUUGCGGCGCAGACCUCAGGCUUCUCUAACCUCAUACAACCCGUCAAGCCCGUAGAGAAGCGCAGCACAGUCGGCCUGUCGAAACUCUACAGCAGCUCAGAUCCAGCGCCACAUCUUCGGAAGCAGAUGGUUGCCAAGGAGAUCAAGUCAAGCAUACCCAAGGCAACCACCAUGACAGAUGCAAUGAAUGGAGCGUCGCAGAACAAGUUCACUGUCUUAGCCAGCCCGGCAAGAAGUGAUGAUACCAAAACGGCGGGUACCCAAGGUUGCACGGAGCCGGUCCAAUCGGACAGUACGACCGUCGCCAGCGAUGCUAUCAUGUCCGGCACGAACGGCGGUCAAGUCAAUGUCACCGAUAUCACAGACAACGCAGUGCAUGCCUCCGAGCCGCCAGCAGACUUGUCUGGCUCGGUCACGAUUGAGAAAGAUGCACCAUUCACAGUCAUUGCAGAAAAGGUCGCUGAGUAUGCGGUGGAGACGGUUGAGUCGGCGAGAAGCGAGGGGCCUCCUCCAUCUCCACGGCCAGUGCGCAUCACGAUCUCUGUCGACGAGCUGUUAGCCAUGAGGAAGGCUUUGAGAUCACCAGACACCGGAGAGAACCCAAGUUCUGAUUCCGGCUGUGCACCUCGCAUGAUGGGACAACGUCCAGGCUCUUAUGUCGCUUGCGUUCAGACUCACGACGCAGCUGUCAUCGAGCCCGCUGUACCAGCCCAUCCGCAGAAAGCAAGCUCACCAGACAGCUUGUGCGCCACUGAGGCCUCAUCCUUGCCAGCUUCUGCUGCGCCAUCGGCGUUUGGCUCUCCGUUCGCGUCGGCGACGACAUCGCAGCGUUGCAAGACAUUGCUCGAUCACACAGAGAUGCUUGUUGAUGAUCUUUUGCGUCUAGAUACGGAUCCUGUAUGGACGGCUCCUCGGCCGGCCAAUGAUCAUGCUAUGGCGCCAAUAAAAGCAGAUGCGCACUCCAUGGAGCGCCCAGAAACGUCUUCCAGGGACAAGAACAACAUGGACGAAACCAAACAAGGGCGCUCAAACCGUGUAUUGGCCAAGCUACAAGCGGCCGAAUUUGAUUUGGAAGAGCGAGACCCUGCUUGCGACCAACGCACGCCCAAGGAUGAAAAGGGGGCUGUCGCCCCGCACCUGAUCAUCGACGAACCAAUGGACGCAGGUCUGUACGGGCAAGAAUGUAAGGCUGACGAACACGAACUCGUACGGGAGCGUGAGCGGGAGACCGAGAGCACAAGCACGCUUCAAUCGCAAGUCGAAGUCGGAGUCGGUGAGACCGCUCCGCCGCAGGCCUCCAGUACCACAAGUCUUUCUACCUACCCGACCAACAAGCCCGAGCCCGAGUUCUUCCAGAUACUGAGCUCAGCAGCUACGGACGGAGAUCCUAUUGGUGAUCCUAAGCAGCUGGAUCUUCGUCGCAAGGCGCAAGUCGCACUCGAGCGCUUCGAGGAUUGUUUCAAAGCGCUCACCACGCCGCACGGCGAAGGGAGACAAGACCCAAACACCGUCCAUAAAGCACGCAUGGCACAGCUUGAGAGGGCGAGAUUCUUCUACCAGAAGCGCCGCGAGGCGCUGAAGACAGAGUACGCGGAGGAUGAGUUCCUCCAGUGGGCUUUGCCGGAGGUGAGGGAGUUGCCGAGCGUACCGGAGAAAUGGCUCGAGAAGAAGGGGAGGAAGUGAGCUAGCUCUAGUAGACUCACGAGGAGUAGCGUAUGAUUCGGGAUGUUGUUAGCAUGGCGCACGCAUUAAGCAGCGACGCCGGGAGUGCUUUUUGUGCUGUCAUGUGCGCGUGUAUAGCGGGUGGUCACAGUGUACUAUCGCCUCGACAGCGUAGAGGCGACAAGAUAGAAACUGUCCCUGACAUAAGGUGUUUUAUAUACGUCUUAAUUAAUUGCCUUGAUGCCUGAUGAUUGUUCCUUGCAAGGGCGCACUCGGAAGAGACCGCCGCGCCCGCGGCUUGGCAGCAAGAACGUCACUGAAAGGCGUCUUGAGAGG